UCUCCUGCCGCGUCUUCCUUACUCCUCUCCUUCGCCCCUUGUCCCGCGAAUCUGCAACCACGCCCUAGAUUCCGUCCUCCGCUCCAUCCGGCAUCGGGAUCGCGAUAGUACGGCGGGAUGCGGGAUUCGAAUCACCGGAUCUGAGCGGCGGAUCCACCCUCCCGAGAUCCGGAUUCUUGGAUGAGGCGGUCGGACUUGUUUGUUCGUCGGUGGUGGAUUGACUCGAGGUUUCUGGCUCGGUUUAUUGAAUCUUCGUGGAAUCUUCUUUGUUCUGCAGCGGGUGUGGUAGAAUAGUAUUGGAUCUCGAACUUACUCAUAGAUCGUGGAAGUUCUAUCACUUGUAAUUCUAGUGCGGAUUAGAAUUGCAGGUGGUUCGCUUUUGUUAGUUUAACGGCAUCGUGUGUCAAGAAGAAGGUAUAAUUAUUUGAAGCAUCCGAAAUGUAAUGCAGGAGUACCUUAACCAAUAUUGGUGUGUGGUAUGGAUGCACUGUCUUUUUUAAGCAUUUGUGAUCAUAUAAUUUCAGUGAAGAUGGAUUUCAUUACUUUACACUUUUGGCUGCUUCCCAAUUUGCAAGCCUCAUUCAGGUUUACACAGAUUGGAAAAAAGAUGACAGAUAGGCUUGCGAAUUGUAUUACAGAAGGAAAAAUAUGCAGACUGACAAGGAGUGGUCUAAGAUAUUUGUGUAGAUAAUAUAUGGCUUCCGUGGGGUGAGAUAUGGGACAAAAUGAUAUUAUAUUUCAUACUUUUGGAAAAUGGACGAUAUGUCAGGUGAUUCAGCAAGAUCUGAAGAAGGGAAUUCUGGUGCUGCUUGGUGGCCCUCACAUUUUAUAGAAAACUUGCAGUCUGUUUCUUUGGAUCCACGAAAAGAGAGUACAUGCAGGGUUGGGAAAGCUGACCUUUUCUCUGCUACUGCUUCACAGCUGUUGUGGUCCACCGGAACAUUUUCUGGUUCAAUACCUAAUGGGUUUUAUUCUGUUAUCCCAGAUAAAAAGCUCAAGGAGCUUUUUGACACUAUCCCUUCUCCAGAUGACCUUCAUUCGCUUGGUAUUGAGGGACUUAAGGCUGAUAUCAUUCUUGUAGAUGCGGAGAAGGAUAAGAAGCUUUCUAUGUUGAAGCAGUUGAGUGCAGCCAUGGUGAAAGGGUUGCACAAUAAUCCUGCUUUACUAAUAAAAAAGAUUGCUGGACUGGUUUUUGAUUUUUACAAGCGCCCAAAUUCAGAGCGAAGUCCUGCAAAAGCUGCUGUAGAGGAUGCACCUCAUUGGACGGAUAACAAAGGUAUCCAACUGUUGGGCCAGAUUAAGCAUGGAUCAUGCCGACCUAGAGCAAUUUUGUUUAAAGUUCUCGCAGACUCUGUUGGUCUUGACAGUAAACUUGUGGUGGGCCUUCCUAGUGAUGGUAGUGUUGAAUGUGCAGAUUCUUACAAGCAUAUGUCUGUCGUGGUUGUGUUGAAUUCUGUGGAACUACUUGUUGAUCUUAUGCGCUUUCCUGGACAAUUAAUUCCAUUUUCGACCAAGGCUAUAUUUAUAUCCCAUAUUUCUGCAGCAGGGGAAAGUGACUCUGCUGAGAAUGAUUCUUGUGAUUCUCCUCUUGAACCCAAUAGCCCACUGUAUGGGUUUCCUGACAAACUGGAUGCUGAAGAUCUUGAACAAGAGGAGAACCCCCAGUCUUUGCAUCAGAGUAGAGUGGAUGCAUCAUCUAAUCUAAAUGGUCGAUCACUGCGUAAUAUUAUACUUAGAUCAAAAACUUUUAUGAAGGGAAAGCUAAGUGUAUCUCAUAGUGAAUCCAAUAUUGCAAAUGCUCUUGUGAGGUGCAGCCAGAAGAAAGUUGUUAGAGAACAGCAACACACAUCUAGUUCAAGUCCGGAGCAUCCCCUUUAUAAAGCAGGGGGGUGGUCCAUGCUUAGUGGCGACAGGCAACCAUUUAGAGAAUUUGCUGAUGGUGUAGAUGCAUCAAGAUCAGAUGGCGGAUCAACUUCUGACGUUCAUAGAAUAAGAAGAAGUAUUAGCAUUACGCCCGAAAUUGGUGACGAUAUAGUGAGGGCUGUUCGGGCAAUGAAUGAAACUCUAAAGCAAAAUCGUCUCCUGCGGGACCAUGGUGAUGAAGGUUCAUGCUUGUAUGCCACAAAUGACAAGAAUCAGUUGAAUGAGCCACCAAAAAAUGUAUGCUUCUCUGUACCAAAGGAUGAAAUAUCAUUUGGAAAUUCUGGAGCAUAUAAUAGCUCAAGAAAGCAAACAGGUUCCAGUCAGAAGGCUAUGUCAUUGCCUUCAUCUCCUCAUGAAUAUAUUGGUAAGAAUUCUAAGAGAACUGGGGAUUCUCCAAGAACAGAACAUAUGGUAUCAACUUGGAACAAAGUUUUGCAGUCAUCUCCAUUUCUCAAUAAGCCUUUAUUACCUUUCAAAGAGUGGAACAUCAAUUUCUCAGAGUUAACUGUUGGCACGCGUGUUGGAAUAGGAUUCUUUGGAGAAGUUUUCCGUGGGAUAUGGAAUGGUACUGAUGUUGCAAUAAAAGUCUUUCUGGAGCAAGAUCUGACAACUGAGAACAUGGAAGAUUUUUGCAAUGAAAUCUACAUACUAAGCCGCCUUCGACAUCCAAAUGUUAUUUUAUUUCUUGGUGCAUGCAUGAAGCCUCCUCACCUCUCAAUGGUAACUGAAUAUAUGGAGAUGGGAUCUUUGUAUUAUCUUAUGCAUAUGAGCGGCCAGAAAAAGAAACUGAGCUGGCGUAAGAGAUUAAAAAUGCUUCGUGACAUUUGCAGGGGUUUGAUGUGCAUACAUCGUAUGAAAAUAGUCCAUCGCGAUCUUAAAAGUGCAAAUUGCCUUGUGGAUAAACACUGGACGGUUAAGAUAUGUGAUUUUGGGCUUUCACGAGUCAUGACAGAUGGUCCCUUGAGAGAUAACUCAUCUGCGGGCACCCCAGAAUGGAUGGCUCCUGAGCUUAUACGCAAUGAACCAUUUACAGAAAAAUGUGACAUAUUUAGCCUCGGUGUUAUAAUGUGGGAGCUUUGCACCCUCAACAGGCCAUGGGAAGGCACACCGGCAGUUCAAGUGAUAUAUGCAGUUGCCAACGAAGGGACACGACUAGAGAUUCCUGAAGGUCCACUUGGCAAGCUAAUCUCAGAUUGUUGGGCAGAGCCACAUGAGCGACCGAGUUGUCAGGAAAUCCUCACUCGCCUGCUCGAUUGCGAAUACACACUGUCUUGAUAUUUUAUUGUAGCCUAGUGACAUGUACAGCAAGUGUAGAGGCAUCUAUCUUGGACCGUAGUAAGUUGUAAAUUUUCUUCUUGGUGUAAUACAAGAUCUUCAGGCAUCUUUUAUCUUAUAUAGGAUUGAUACUA